AACUCUUUCUAUACUUUAAGUUUGUUGUUUUACGAAUACGCCAACAAGUUGAUGCAUAUUUGGUUGGUUUCGCUCGGGCUGAUUUUUAUCUCCUUGGCCUAUAGUGUUCGAAGCUCAGAGAGAUGUUAUCACGAUUGGGAUUGUUCCCACUACGGUCAUGGAGACGUUUGCUGUUCGUUGGGUUUCUGUAAGUUAAAAAAGUUUUGCGAGAGAUGCUCUGGGGAUCAGGAUUGUUCGUCCGGGAGUAAAUGUGGAGUAGAUGGCCUCUGUUAUGAGUUAGACUCGAAUAACUACUACUGCAACGGCGAAAAUGCCCGCUGUCUAGAAGGCCAUGUAUGUGAGGACGGGAAGUGUGUAUCUACCACUUCAAGACCUCCAUUAAUGGGAACUAAACUGAUUGGAACGGUAAUAAUCGUUUUUGUAUCAGUGGUAUUAGUGAUAUUCAUCAUUUAUUGCCUUAACAAGAGAGAUAAAAAACGGACUCGUGAUCGGGUACUCGCAACGCGAAAUGCCUGGCGAACAACUUUGGAAAGCCGGGAAAGUGUGGCAACAGCGCCAACUACUGUGACCGAAGUUGAUAUGCAAAUAGCCGGAGCCGGGGUUUCGAAUGGGGGUUUUGUGAUCGACUUGGAACAAACGUCUCUUCCUUUGCCGCCGGAUGCACCUCCACCUUACAGUUCUCUAGAAUUCCAGCAACAACGUGAUGACAGCAAUGAUACAGAACAACCUCCACCGACUUACGACGAGGCUGUCAAGAAUUGCGAUCUUUAGCGAUGAUGGCCGAUCAGUUUGCUGUUGAUCUAAAUUCGGCUGCGUGGAGUUUCACGAAAUCGUUGCUUUUAUUAAUUAAGAUGUAGCUGUUACACUUCCUGAGCUAGAACUUGACCACAAAAGAGUUUUUUUUUUUCCUAUAUUGCGUGGUCAAAUUUUCAGUUGUUGAUGUUUGAAUCGAAACGACUGAAGCCACCAGAUCGAAUGUUACAAAUAACGAAUAUUUUUCGUCUGAUCCUGUUAUGGCAAAGAUGAUGAACCCACAAAGACGGCGCAAUUUAAAUAUACUGUUAUACAAAGUAGACGGAAAAAGUCUAUUUACUUAACUUUUAGCUGGGAAGGAUUAGAGCUAAAUCAGCACGUGAUCACUUCGGGGCGACAUACUGUGCGUAACUCUGUAGACUGUAAGAGAAGUUUAUAAAAAUCAUUUUAUCAGAAUUGGUGUCGUGACUUAAUUUCAUUGUUCCCUUUUAAAACCAACUUUGUCCUUGACAAUCAAAAUAAAAAUUUUUAAACAGGG